UCUUUAAUCCUUUCCGACGGCGGGAACGUAACUCAGGCGGGGAGCUUAUCUUGGAUUCCUCUGCUUCUCCUUCUACUUUUGGCUUCGGUUUAAUCCUUUUCGGUGGCCGUCAUGGUUCGGGGGCAGGAGCGAGUGGUGGCUUUGGCGGAUAUGGACUGUUUCUAUAUACAGGUGGAGCGACGGCUGGAUCCCCGUCUGCAUGGAAAGCCGUGUGUCGUGGUGCAGUAUAAGACGUGGAAAGGUGGCGGGAUAAUUGCUGUCAGCUAUGAAGCACGUGCUUUUGGAGUUAAAAGAAACAUGUGGGCUAAUGAUGCCAAGAAGCUGUGCCCAGAUCUCGAGUUGGCUAGAGUGCCAGAGGCCCGUGGCAAAGCAGAUCUCACCAGAUAUAGAGAAGCCAGCAUAGAGGUGAUGGAAGUGAUGUCACGUUUUGCUGUGAUUGAACGUGCCAGCAUCGAUGAAGCUUAUCUGGACUUAACACAAGCUAUACAGGAAAGGCUGAAGAAGAUGAAGGGUCAACCUAUUUCAAUAGAGCAAUUGGGAACUACGUAUAUUCAAGGAUUCCCAAAUAGCCUUGAAGAAGAAGAAACUACGGACAACAAAGAGGAGAUAAGGCAACGUGGUGUGUGCCAGUGGCUCAAGUCAUUGCCUUUUGGAGAUCCCAGCAAUCCAGAAUUGCAGCUGACAGUAGGGGCAGCGAUCAUGGAAGAAAUGAGGGCUGCUGUGGAGUCUGUCACUGGAUUUCAAUGUUCUGUUGGAAUUUCUCACAAUAAGGUAUUAGCAAAACUGGCCUGUGGCCUCAACAAACCAAAUCGACAGACUCUGGUAUCACAGGGGGCUGUUCCUCAGCUCUUUAGCAAGAUGCCAAUCGGCAACAUUCGCAACCUUGGAGGGAAACUAGGUGCUUCUAUUACUGAAUGCCUCGGAGUGCAAUAUAUGGGAGAGCUGAUCCAGUUCAAUGAAUCACAACUUCAGACACAUUUUGGAGAGAAGACUGGAUCCUGGUUAUAUGAACUGUGCAGAGGAAUUGACUUUGAGCCUGUGAAAGCUAGACAAUUGCCAAAGUCCAUUGGUUGCAGUAAGAAUUUCCCUGGAAAAACAGCAUUGGCUACUCAGAAGCAGGUGCAGUAUUGGCUCUUGCAGUUGGCCUUGGAGCUGGAAGAGAGAUUGAAUAAGGAUAGAGACCAGAACAACCGGGUAGCUAAACAAUUGAGCGUUGGGAUCCAUAUGCAGGGUGGUAAACAUACCAAUCUAACGCGCUGCUGUGCCUUGUCCCAGUAUGAUGCUCAAAAAAUUAGCAGAGACGCCUUUGCACUAAUCCAGAACUGUAACACAGCAGCAGGCCAGCAAGCGACAUGGUCUCCUCCUGUUACACUUCUUCAGCUCUGCGUAAGCAAAUUUUCUGAGGCAUCUACAGUAUCGUCUGUGGACAUUACUUCCUUCCUGACUAAUCAGAGCCAACGUACUCAACCCACCACUGCCAUUAAAGAAACCAUGAAUGCAAAGUUCCUUGAAAGUCCCAAAAAGGAGACCAGCAAGAAGGCAGUUAAUGCUAUUGAAAUACUCUUUCAAAGGGCAGCAAAAAGAAAACAAGCCCAGGCUGUCGCUGGCUGUUUUGUUCCUGGUGUAAGUGAUAUGAUAGUACCACCGGCUAUUCAGACCAAGAGUUCGCACAACAGCAGCCAAGUUUCAGAAGGCUUAACGGAAACAAGCAACCCAAACAUGAUGCAGAAACAGCAGGUGAUGGAACAACGGUUGCAAGAUGCCACUUUGACUGGUGAAGGCUAUGUAUCAUUUUCAGAAAUGAAAAUUCUUCCUGAUUCAUUUAAAAAAGAAAACAUGCAGACUGCUCCUGGGCUUUUGCAGGAGGGAGCUAUGAGUUUGGCUGAUCCCUCUUCAAUGGAUGAUAGCUUGUUGUGUGAGAAAUGUAACCAAAAAGUGGCAGUGUGGGAGUAUACUGAACACUUAGAUUACCACUUUGCUGUAGAACUUCAGAAUUCUUUCUCGGGAUCUAACUCUUUCAGAUCAGUUGAAUCUCUUGCCAGUCCAAUGAAGGAGAAAAAUAAAUCAAGGGAACAGAGAACCACCAGUGCCAAACGACCAAAGCAAGAUGGGACUAGGACUUUAGAUUUCUUUUUUAAACCAUUGCCACCAUAGUUGCUCACUUGAGUAACUGGUGACUUAGAAAAUGUACUUUCCCUAUUAAACUAAUCCUAAUAAAUUAUUCCUUAAACCGUAAUCUUUCUGGGAGCUAAUGAAUGGGAAUAAAAAUCUGUAAUCAAAGGUAUGCUAUCUGCAGGGCCUUCUGUUACUUUAUUGACAAGAUGACAAUGGACAAUGUGACAAUGAAAUUGUGUUCUGCUAAUAGUUCUGUAGUUGUCCCAUGACUAGUUUUAAAAUGGAGCUCUGUAAGUAAAAAUUUUCUACCAUCUUUCUAUCAUGUAAAAGAUUUGCUUAUUUCAGAAGUCUUGCAUUCAUGUAGAGGUUCUAAGAGCCAGAUUACAGUCAAGAUUACCAUGAAUGAACCAGAAAUUCAUAAAUUCGUAAAAUCUCUGAUCUCCGUGUAUUUCGCUGUGCCCUCAAAACCUUGUUGUUCUGCCAGGCUGGGCUAUCAAUGUAAAGAUUUUUAAUUGGUUUUAAAUGGGAUUUAAAAUUUGGGGUUUUAUAAAUUGGGCCUAUUAUUUAAUAAUUUUAAUUAUUUUUAAACUUUGUCUGUCUUUGUGCUUUUAAUUAGGCUGUACACCGCCCUGAGUCUCGGGAGAAGGGUGGUAUAGAAAUAAAAUAAAUAAAUAAAUAAUAAAUAAAUAAAUGAGUGAAAAUCGUAAGCAAUCUUGAUAUUAGAAAGCACAGAAUUUUGGAUUUGAUUUUAAGACAGGAGAAAAAUCUAGUCUUCCCACAGAUGGUGGAUUACAACUUCUAUCACCCUUUUCUAACUGGCUCUGCUGGAUUGAUAGCAUUGAGGAAUCCAUAACCUUUGGAAAACAACAGUUCAGUUCUCACUUUCUUGGUUUUUUUAUUUUAUUUCUUAAGAACCUUUCCAUAUGUUUGAAUGCUUCUUUUUCUAAACUUGUAUAAAAAGCCUCUUAAUAUACUUUUCUAUUUUUAUUUGUUUGACUGUAGGCAUUUCUCAGUAACAAUAUUGUCUCUUCUGGGAGUAGAAUUCUAUGUUGUUUAGGUCAAGCAUUCUUUUUAGUAAAUGAAACUAUCGUAUGCUAAGACAUAGGCCUUAUGGUUCCAAAAUGCUAAACCAUAAUGUAAAUAGGAUUUUUUUUGUGCGCAACAUAAUGCACCAUCCCAAGAAAAAAUACUUAUUUAUUUGAAUUUAUUAGCCACCCAACUCCAAUGGCCUUUAUUUUAUUAACCGCCCAACUCCAAUGGCUUUUAUUUUUCCAAAGCCAAACAGUAAACAACAGCCCAAUGAAGGAGGCACCAAGACCACUCCCACCAAGACCACUCCCACCAACACUGACAGGGUAAACUACUAGUGUAUAAAAUCAGAGCAAACGCACUCCCUACUACUGUGUUUCCCCCAAAAUAAGACCCUGUCUUAUAUUUUUUUAAACCCCGAAAUAAGUGCUUGGCCUUAUUUUUGGGGAGGUCUUAUUAUUUUGGGGCGUGUGGAGCAAGAUGGGGCUCCUCUUGCAGUUUUACCUGAUUUCCAGCUCUGCAUUUAAAUAUUUUCAGGGAGGGCUUAUUUUCAGGAGGAGGGUUAUUUUAGCCCAUGCGCUAAAAAGCCUGAUUGGGCUUAUUAUGAGGGGAUGUCUUAUUUUUGGGGAAACAGGGUAGUACUGAUAAUGUUACCUAGUUUGUUAAUGAAACAUCUGCAAGAAAACAACCAAGUUCAGAGAACAUCAAAGACUCCACAGUUCAACCCUCAGCUAGAAAUAUUCUCUUCUAUAAUUUGUUCUUUUUAUCUAUGACAAAAUUGCACGAUGGAAUAAUCUUAAUUAAAAAUAAUGUACUAUUGGAUAAAUCAGGACUGUCAAACUCCCGGCCCACGGGCCGGAUGUGUCACACAUUGGCUACGUCCACACCCAGUUUAGCGAAGGGGGGAAAAGAGUCCCGAUACGUCACGUGAUGAUAUGACGAUGUGAGUUUGACACCCCUGGGAUAAAUAGUCUCAUUAUUUUGGAUCCACUCAUUUGGAAGAACCUGUUUAUAGCCUUUGCAGCAUUUAUUUUGAUCUACCUUAGAAUACGUCUUGGCAUUACAAUAUAUGCAACUUAAGUAUUUGUUAUUUGAAUCUGGAUCUGUUAACACUGCAGUUGUCAGAAGAGCUGGAAGAAUCAUCUGUGGCUCCUAAACCAGUAAUCCUUCUUUGUAAGAAGUUGAAGGAAAUUGGUGAAAGUGAUAUUAUUUACAUGAUCUUUGGAAUGCAUGCUUAAAUGUCCUGUCCUAUAAACCAAUGGAGAGUUGUAUUAAAUGUGAAAUUAACUUCCUAUAAUCUUAAAAUGAAUGUAGUGCAUUUAAAAUUUGCUUUGUUUUAUGAGAUGCCCCAAAUAAAAUUUAGCAAGGAUUGGUUAGUGUUCCUGCUGAUGGAGAUAUAAUUUAGGGGUUGGAGCAUUCCCAUAUGGUUUGCUCUUAUCCUAUUACUGUUCUGAUGACAAUUUUGGAUCAAUCACAUUAUGUUAAAUACACACAUAUGUUUCUUUCGCAUAUUCCAGUAUUUGGAAUGUAGCAAAAAUUGUGAAAAUUUUGGGCCUGGAACUUGGUUAAAUGAAUUUAAAGUAGGGAGAAGUCCAUACCGGCCUUGCAAAAAUGCAAUAUUGCUAUAUUUGAAUUAAUAUAUUUUUUAAAGGGGGCAAGGAAUACUGUCAUCAUCAAUAUUAUCAACAUUAUUUGAAUUCUGUUUGACAUUAUUUUCUGAACUUGUGUAUUUCUGUCUUUAUUACUCAUUACUAUGCUUACGAAUUUUAGAAUAUAUUGUUCUUUUAAUGCUUGAGUAUGCAUUUUCUUUUUUGUUGAUUAGUUUAGCAAAAUAAAACUUAUUGCUUCCAGAUACAAUUCAGAUUUCUAUUAUUUCUAUGAUUUUUAAUGUAUUUUAAUAUGUGUUUAAUAUGUAUUUUAACAUGUUUCUUACUUGGAUUGGGAUUGUAUAUCUUAAUUGUUGUGAGCCGCCCUGAGUCCUAUGGAGAUAGGGCAGCAUAUAAAUCUAAUAAAAAUAAAAAUAAAUAAAUACAUAUUUAUAAAGUUUA